AAAAAAUCCUACAAACAAACAUUUUUAAAACAAAUUACACUAUUACACUUUAUUUUUCUAACAAUGUUAUCCACAAUUAUCUCUUCGUUUCAAAGUUCUGAUAUUUUUUCUAUUUCGUUAACUUUCAUAGUUAUUUAUAUAGUCCGAUAUUAUUACAAAUUUUUCACUCGUCUAAAUCCUUUACCUGGUCCAUUCCCACUUCCAUUACUUGGUAAUGGUCAUCAAAUAGUUGGAACUGACUUUAAUAAAUGGUUAUUGUCAAUGUAUAAAAAAUAUGGUGACAUGUACGAAAUAAAUUUGGCUGGAUCACGUACAAUCAUAUUAAAUAGUACAGAUUUAAUUGAAAGCAUGAAUGUACCUUCAACAAAAACCAAAUAUCCUUUUAGAUUUCAACCUACAGAAGGUUCUAAAGAAUAUGGAUUAGGUGGAGUAGGAGUUGCUAAUAAUAAUGAACUUAAAUCCUGGAAAUUUAAUCGUCAAUUUUUUUCUCAAGCUAUGAUGACUCCAAGUUUUAAUCAUCAAGCUAUUGAAUGGACGAUCGAAUUAUGGGAACAAAUGGAAUCUCAUUGGAAUAGUCUCGGAGAAAAUCAUGAAUUAGACCUUAGUAAAUGGAUGCAUAGAUUUACAAAUGAUAUGAUCUUUAGAGUUUCAACUGGGGUAAAAAAUGAUGCUGUUACUUCUUACUAUCAUACUCUUCUUGAAGAUAAUAAUCAAUCUUUAAGUGAAAAAGAAAAAGAAAAAGAUAGAGAAUCAGAACGUUUUAUUCAAUCAAUUCAAAUCUUUAUCAGGGGAUUUAUGCCAUUCUUUGCUUUAAGUAAAUAUAUUCGUCGUUAUGUUCCAUUCGUUCGUGGAAAAAUGAAUAAAUUAAUAGAAAAUAGAGAUUAUUUGAUAAAUAGUUUAUAUAAAGUUAUUAAGCAAAGAAGAAUUGAAAUUGAGAAUACACCGUUAGACCAACCUCUUCGACACGAUAUGUUGACAUCAUUUAUAACCGCAAAUACUCCACGUGAUAUCAAUGUUGAAAAACAUGUCGAUGCUGAUUUGUUGAGACCAAUGACCGAUAAAGAGAUUUGCGGAAAUUUACUCGAUGCUAUGAUUGCAGGAACUGAUACUACGGCGAAUAUGCUUAGCUUUGUCAUAUAUUUACUUGAAAAAAAUCCUGAAGUGAAACAAAAAUUACGACAAGAAUUUGAUUCAGUUCUCGGAAACGACUUAACUAAACCUAUGACACUUAAAAAUAUUGAAGAAUUAAAAUAUUGCGAUGCAGUUAUCAAAGAAGUAUUUCGCCAUAUUCCUGUAGCAUUUUUGUUAGGUCGUUUAAGUGUUGAAAAUGAUAAGGUUGGAGGAUAUAAUUGGCCAAAAGGAACUCAAUUUCAAAUACACACAUCUGCACUAAUGAUGCGUGAUGAUUAUUGGACUGAUCCCGAAAAAUUUGAUCCUGACAGAUUUUACAAAGUUGAAGAAAGCGAUAAAUAUUUACUUGAAAAACAACAUGCUAAAAAUUCUUUUAUGAUGUGGGGAGGUGGAAUUAGAAUUUGUCCGGGAAGAAAAUUAGCAAUCACUGAAUUAAAAUGUUUAAUACCUUUGAUUUACAGGAAGUAUGAUAUUGAAUUGAGAUCACCUCUUGAAUACAAAUCUGAAAUUCUUACAUAUUGUGAAAAAUUAUUAGUUAAAGUUAAGCCAAGAAAGUUUUAAACAAAGUAGAAAUUUUCAAUUAUUAUUAAUUUUUACAUAUAGAGAAGCAUAAUUUUAUAUUAUUUAAUUAUCA